AUGGCGGACAGCGACGAUGCGAAUGAGGUGCCUGUGCCUCGGGACAUUGACAAAUUGCAGGACGAACUGGCGCGCCACCUUAUCGGCAUGGAGCCAAGCCACGCAGAUAUCAUCCGCGCCGCGCCCGCGCACAUGGCCUUCCGCUGCUUUGCGCAGGCUUUGCGCGGUGGACACGGGCAGGAUCUUCACCGGUGCAGCUACCCCAGCAGGAGAGUUGGAGCAUUCUGGAGCCAUAGCUGGCAUGGAAGCCGGUGGCAGAAGAUCAUGACCCUCUUCUUCCUGUACAACUCGCGUGCAGCGGCCAUCACCUCCCUUCUGGGAGUGACGUUGGUGGCCAUUUUCUUCGGCGCAGGGGUGCUGCCUGGAAUGGAGAAUCCGUGGGCGAACUAUUCAAGUUCGCGAGGCUUUUGGGUCUCUAUUGGCGGCUUCUUUAUCUACUGGCUGGCCAUGAUUUUCUGGCAGCCCAGCCAGCGCAUCUUCUUAGACGUGCUUUGCAUCGACCAGAACGAUCAGAGGCGCAAGGCCCUGGGCAUCUUUAACAUGGGCGCUUUCUUGAAGCGCUCCGAUUCGCUGCUGGUACUCUGGGAUCCCAGCUACACCUCCCGCUUGUGGUGCAUUUUCGAGCUGGCCGCCUUUCUGCGCAGCCAGAGCAAUCCGAAGCUCAUCAUUCGGCCGACGAUUUUGGGACCCUGCUACCUUCUGCUUUCGCUCGCUCUCGCCGUGCUUGUGAACAGUUUUGGUGCUUUGCCAGAUGUGCAUGGGACCUAUGACGUGGUGCUGGUGCAGGGGUGCAUUCUCGGAGUCGGUUUCUACCCAAUCGUGGCAUCCUUCCGGGAGUACUUCCGGUCCAUUGACACACUGCAGAGCAGUCUCGCGCACCUCAGCUUGCAGGACACGACGUGCCACUGCUGCCAAAUGAAUCAUGUGUCAUCUCGAGGGACACCAAUGGUCUGCGAUCGCCAAGUGGUUCUCAAGUGCAUCUGUGCAUGGUUUGGAAGUGAGGACAAUUUUACCGCGGUGGUCCGCCGUGACGUCUUGGAUUGCCUCAUGCAACAGCUGUGCAACGAGUUCCUAAGCUACUGGCAGCUGAUAACCGCUAUGGUUCCCAUGUUUUUCGCUUUCAUCGACGCGGCUUCAGCUGAGUGGCACUAUGUGGGAAGGUACCACCAUGCCAUCGGCCGGGAGCUGCUAAGAGGCGUAGCUUGGUGGCUCGGUAUAGCCCCCACGAUCCUCUUGAUUAGUCUGCGGGUCGCCUACUUUCUCAGAAAAAGGCGGAGGUGUGACUUCUUGCUGAACGUUCUCGUCCUCGUGUGCAUUCUGGCCAUGUGGCUGGCGGGGGUUCGUAUAGACAACGAGUAUUUGAGAAUACAUCGCAGCCUCGGAGGCAUCCACAAAAUCGAAGCCAUGGCGGCAUUGGCCGCAACAUUUUUGCCCCUUGCGGGUCUUCUUUUCUACUUUCUCGGCUCGCAUCCCCGGUACAGAGUUCGGCCGAAAACUUCGGGCUGCGCAGCCCCUUCCCCUGACGUGCAUGAACUGCACACGCAGGACAAAGACAGCGAAGCUGAUGUCGCCCCCCCAUGCUGA